GCAUACUUUCUUAUCAAAAACACACUGUGAAAGAGAAGCUGUUUAACCCACUAGCUCGCUUGAAAGAAAUCACUUCAUCCAGAAGGAAAACAUAUAAUAUAUAAGAAUAACAUAGUUAAGGCUGGACUUUUUUUAAUGUACGGCUCCAGUAAAAACGCAGCGUGGGCUAAUUAAGGGAGCACAAGUAUUUGGAUGUAAUGAUGAAAACUGGGAUAAUUAUAGAAACACACGUCACAUUUCUAACAAGGCAGGUGAAAAAUAUCAGCUGAGAGACUUACCAUGUUGCCAAGUGCAAUGGAACACUACAAGCGAGGGGAGUUGUCUCGCGAUGUGAGCAUUAAAGUAGCUCUUGGGACCUCCCUCGCACGCUCGUCCUAUCUCGAGAUACCGUCUGCCUCGCGCACGCCACAGUACGUCAAAUCGCGUACGUCUUCCACGUCGACUUCGCCGUCUCCACGUCAUGAAUUGGGUAACGUGGUCCUCACGUCGCUAAACACAGACAGAAAGGAAAGAAUACGUAGAUUUGGCGGUGGAUUCAGACGGAAAUUAAAGAAACAUGGGCCGUGCAAUAUUGUAACUCCUGGUAGUCCAGACUACCGAGAAAGGCCCAUAGAGAAGUUUCUAAGAGUGGCAAAAUCCGUGAAAGUAAUAGCAGGGAUAUGCUUAGCAUUAAAAAGAUACACCAAGGGAGGACCGACAGCCGAGUGGUCCUUGGUGGAGAUGCAGCUCAAUCUUCAGGCAGACUUCAACAAACUUCUCGCCUUCAAUCCGAACUCUUAUGGGAAAGUACAGUUUCAACGGGGCAGUGAAAAAUUAAAACAAAUUCUCACUACAGAUCCGCGUGAAAGGACCAUGGAGAUGAUACAAAUAGUUUUAGCACUGCUGAGGUGGAAUGCUUCAUUCCAGGACUAUCCUUACCAUACACAGAUACUGCUUGCCAAGUGCAUGUUACAUCAAAGGUAUGAGACAAGGCGCAUCAUUGUCAGAGAAGGCCACCCGCCGUUCGGAUUCUACAUCAUCCUUUCCGGUACGGUUCUCAUUAACGUCAGGGAAACAGACCCUCGCACAGGGAAGACCUUCGUCAGGACGGUGCACGAAAUGUCAGGAGGGGACGCCUUUGGGGAGAUUGCACUGAUCCAGAAUGAACCUCGCACUGCCGCUGUGAUAUGUAAAACCGAAGUGGAAGUACUGAUGAUCAUGAAAGACGACUUCGAUGUUAUCAUCAAGAAACCGCUGGAGAUGCAGAGAGAACAGCAUAUAAACUACUGCAGACAGCACGAUCUCUUUAAACACUUUCCCUGUGAUAAGUUCAAAGAUAACGUCAAUCAGUUCUUCUAUCAGUACUUCAAGAAAGACACCGUGGUAGUCAAAAACAGCAAGCAAUCGCCAUUCAUAGUGAUAGUUAAGUCUGGAAAAUGUUUCGUAGUCAGUGAUUUCGUAGAAUCUAGACAGGAAAAGAAACGGACACGCAGAUUAGAGGACAAAGCAUUAGAGCAGAUCUUUCCAUUAAUAGUUGAGCAAAAGAGACGAGAUGAACUGCCAAGCGACAACAUGACCACACUGGGCGACGAAACAGACGAGCUGCGGGAAGUUAUGAAAGCCAACCUCAGUGGAGGGUUUCUGGAUCCACUGGAAAUGCACAAGAAUAGACGCCAUAGCCGGCGACAGUCUGGUAUGGGACGGAGAAGUUCGACCCUUAGCAACAUAUUUGACAUAUUUGAAAGAGAGAAGAAAAACCAAGUUACGGAUUCCCCCUCUGCCACUUACUGGGGGCGGCGCCUGUCUCAUAUCAGACCUAUGAAGACACCAGUUGUAUCAGCGCACAAUGAAGUUGAAGACAGAUUGAAAGAGAUGUCAGCCCGCAGGAGGAGUUCAAGGAGAAGAUCGACAUUGUUCAAGUCCCCUGCACUUGAAAAAAAGGAAGAAAUCGUUGACAUUAAAGGAUUUGCACAGAUAGCCGAGCUGAUAUCGGGUUCCGUGUUCGGCCUAGAGACUAUCCUUCAACAAAAGACAUCCAUUAAUCUGGCAUUGGUGAGUGACGGGGCCGAGUGCAUCCUCAUUUCAAAGAAACUUUUCCUCAAGGAAGCCAACUCAAAGGUGCUCAGAGUCGUUAGCGAUUUGGUUCAAAGUUACCCAAGCCAAGACUACGUGAGACAGCAAGUUCAGCAGCAGCGGUCCUGGUUGACCUACAAAGGUCAGGUGGUCAGUGAGGUGCUCGAGCGGUGACGUCACGUGACGGAGGACGACUUUGUUUUAGCAGUUUUUCACGUGUGGAAUUUACAGCUUUCAACCGCAUGAACCGGCCAUGCCUGUAUUGACUGUAAUGUGAGAAGCGCGGAGUCACGAUAAGAGCUUCAUCAUAAGUAAAAGAUUAACGCUUGGCUAUCAAUAUGUCUACCGAACAGAAAAUGAAUGUGUUUAUUUCACCUUGACUAGUGACAUAUUUUCCUUGGACGAUUGAGUGUUUGAGGAAAUACGGAAAUCAUUCAAAUAAUUUGAUUAUAUUUACGGACGAAUGAGCGAAGGAAUAAAUGUAUGUUGAUUGUUUAUGAAAGUACUGAUGUG